UUUUUAUUUUUUUUUUUUCUGAUUGGUGAUCAUGUCAACAGACGAGUUUACAACGAACAAUAAAAAACAAUCAUCCGCUAAAAAUCAAAUCGAGACAUCGUUUGAUCCUUUAAUCCCAUCUUUUAAAGCGCUCGCUGAUGGUUUGCAAUCUAUGCAUAAUCAAUUCGAGUCAUUAGUCCAAGUAAAUAAUUCACUUAUCGAUUUUAAUGAAUCAUUUAGUGCAUUUCUUUUAGCAAUGGCAAUUAAUGAUACAACGGUUAAUUGGACAAAGGCACCAACAGAAAUAAUGAUUGAAAGGCAUAUAGAACACAUGAAACGAAUGAAUUCAUUAGAAUCUACCAAACCUGUUCAACCGCAGAUUACUUCAACAGGAACUAAACAGAGUAAUCAAUCUUCAAACAAUAGUACCAAUGCAAAUAAUAAGAAAAGAAAAAUAGUAACAGAACAAAAUGCAUCCAUCGUACCCGAUAGACGUUUUGUAUCCAAGAUCAACAUCAAUAGCAUUAUAGAUCAUUUACCGCUGAGAUAUAGAGAACGUUCAGAACCUAUGCAAAAUAUGAAAAAGGUAUUGAAGGUACUCAAACUCCAUCCAAGUGGAUUAACUAUGAAAGAGUUAGCGCGUGAAACACAAAUAGCUCAGUACAAAGUGACAGAAUGUAUCAACGCCUUAAUACAUGCUAAGGAAGUCAUGAAAACAAGUGAACCAGGACAAUAUAGUAGAUUUCAUUUAGAUCAAUCUAAAUAUCCUAGUCAAGCGCAAUAAUGUAUAUAGCAUUGAAUUCUUAUCCUGUGUCAACCAUUUACUCUAUUAUUUAAUGUAUAUUCCCCCUCUCUUUUACGUUGUUUUUUUUUUCAAGAAAAAAAAAACGCAACACAUAUUAUUAUUUAAAAUGGUGGCUCCAUAAUGAAAGGUCUUCCAAACAUUCAAUUAUGAUAUUUAAUAAAUCAACUUUAAAGAUAUAAUACUUUUCAAUCAAAAGUAGUAUUACAUCUUCAAAGAAGUCUGAAAUUAAUGCAAG